UCUAAUGUAAGCGCACCCUGAGAUCCAAGAUGGCGAACGAUGGCGAAUCAUGGCGAAUAGCUGUAAAUAGGCGGGAAAGCACGUGCAAAGCUGCAAAGCCAGUAAGCCAAGUUGAGUUGACUGAAAUAAUGCAUGCUUUCCUGAAAACCGGGAAACUGGGUGCUCCGGCGGAGGUGAAGAAACCUUCGACUUCGCGGGUCAAAGACGAUAAAAAAGAUCUGACACCAUGGGUGGAGAAAUACCGACCGAGAAAUGUCGAUGAUAUUGUAGAGCAAACGGAGGUGGUGAAUGUGAUACGGCAAGCCAUGGAACACGGGGAUUUUCCCAACAUGCUGUUCUAUGGGCCACCGGGUACCGGCAAAACCAGCAUCAUCCACGCGGCCGCGAGGCAGAUGUUCGGCAGCAUGUACAAGGACAGAAUUCUGGAGUUGAAUGCCUCUGACGACAGAGGUAUCCAGGUUGUAAGAGACAAGAUCAAAUCCUUCGCGUUGCGCAGGGCUAAUCCUAAUGGACCAGAUGGGAAAAAAUGUCCACCAUUUAAGAUCGUCAUAUUGGACGAGGCAGACAGUAUGACUGGCGCCGCGCAAACGGCGCUUCGUCGAAUUAUGGAAAAGGAGUCGCACAGCACGCGCUUCUGUUUGGUGUGUAAUUAUCUGUCACGAAUCAUCAAGCCGAUAGCGUCACGUUGUACCAAGUUCCGAUUCAAACCACUGACUGAUGAGAAGAGUAUCGCUAGGCUUGAAUACAUAUGCAAUGAGGAAAACCUGAAAGCCGAUAGAAGCGUCUUGGAGAAAAUCGUUCAAGCAUCGGGUGGCGACUUAAGACAGGCUGUUAUGUGUUUACAAUCAAUCACGCGACUGAAGGGAAAAGACUACGAGAUUACCGUGAACGAUGCACUCGACGUUAUUGGGCUAGUUCCCCAUGAUCAGAUUAAUAAACUCUGGGAAGCUUGUAAAAAGGGGAAUUAUAAUAAUGUUCAAAAGUUACUCGAAAAUUUGCUGCUGGAAGGAUAUCCAGGAUCACAAGUAAUUGAACAAUUGAACGAGAGAAUUAUUUUUUCCGAUGAGCUUAGUGAUAAACAAAAAGCAAUGAUUGGCGAUGUGCUCGGUGAAUGUGAUUACAGAUUAACAGAAGGAAGUGAUGAAUAUUUGCAGCUUUUAAACGUGUUUUCUAUUAUUUUGAUGGCAUGCAAAUUGUAAAAAAAAAAAUAUUAAUUUGUCUAUUAUAUUCUGUAUUUAUAUUCAUAGUUAUGUUGUGUAUAAUGCUAUAAAGAUUUUAUAUAUUUUUAUAUGUCACAUUA